AUGUCCUCAGGGCCACCGCAACUGAGCUCAUCACCAUUCGGUCACUUCUCGUACCUCUUCCAGCCACAGCAUCAUCAUCAUCUACAUCAUCAUCAACAACAUCCUCAGCUACCAUUCAAUACUCCUAAUAUACAACGCAGUGGCUUCAAAUUGAAACGUCAACGACAACGUGUUGACGCCGGGGAGCCAAGAAAUACAUAUCAGGUUGGUUAG